AUGACACAUCCAGAUACUAACAGCUUCCAGUGUGAUAAUGGCAGACGGAUUUAUUUAGACUGGAAAUGUGAUGCAGAUGACGACUGCGGUGACAGAUCGGACGAGAAGAAUUGCCCUAACAUCUCCUGUAGAACGGACCAGUUUACUUGUGUGUCAGACGGUAAAUGUAUUCCAGUACACUGGGAAUGUGACAGACAUCCAGACUGUCAGGACAAGUCGGACGAGGACGCCCAAACAUGCAGUGAGCUGUACAAGAGGCGGUGCGAUAAUGCAAGUUAUCCUUGCAGUGAUGGAAUUUGCAUACCUUCGGUUUGGGUUUGUGAUGGAAGCCCAGACUGCCCUGCUGGCGACGACGAAAAUACAGAUGCAUGCAAACUCACUGCACCGUGUCAAGGAGGUGGUAUCCUGUGUGACGGUCACACGUGCGUCUCUCCACAUCUAACAUGUGACCUGGUCAAUGACUGCAUCGACGGCUCGGACGAAGCCUCUUGCCAAUGGCCGCCGGCAGCCAUUAUAGUUUUGUCCUGGUGUAUUUUGUUCUCGAGAUGCUGGGAAAUUAUGUUCGAAAAUACUAUUUAUUGCACAAUUUUAGCUUCCAGAAAGUGUUUAUUAGACCAGUUCCGAUGUAACACAUCAAAGUGCAUCCCUUCUGAAUGGGUAUGUGAUGGUGACUUUGACUGCUUUGGUGAGGACCAUUCUGAUGAGGAAAACUGCGACUCUCCAAGUAUAAGCAAUUGCUCAAGUGUAAGCAAUUGUUCUGAGACCCAGGCUGACUGUGAGGACCAUCCUGGUGAACAAGGGUGUAUUUGCCAAACUAACCAAUUUAAAUGUGUUCUUGAUGGAUAUUGUAUUGACAACACAUCGCGUUGUGAUGGGGUGGAAGAUUGCUUAAAUGGGACUGAUGAAGAUGGGUGUGCACCAUUAACUCAGCAAUGUGGAAAGGAUUCGUUUGAUUGUAACGGUGACGGCAAGUCGUGUAUUGCUGACACAUAUCUCUGCAAUGGGAAGCCAGACUGUGAUAAUCUGGACGACGAGCUUCCAGCAAUGUGUACCAAAACCAACCCAUGUGACGUAAAUAAUGGAGGCUGCAGUCAAAAGUGUGUUAACAAGUUCCGUGAACACACGCAUGUGUGCGAGUGUGAUAAGGGUUACAGGCUGGUGAAUGGUUCGACUACUAUUUGCGAAGAUGUCAAUGAGUGCGAGAUAUUUGGAUCUUGCUCUCAGCACUGUGACAACACCAAGGGUGGCUACAAGUGUUCAUGUAUGCAUGGAUACACUCUCAAGGAUGAUCGCUACUGCAAAGCUGAUGGACCCAAACAUCCAAAAAUCAUUCUUGGUGAAGACAAGCAGAUGGUGCAGUUACUAGCGGGAACUUUUAACAAGACACUGCUAAUGAACAAAAUACAAGUAUCUAGACCUGGUGCCCUGGACUUUGACUACGAAGACAACAUGUUGUUUUGGACAGACAUUGAUAAGAGAAAAAUCUUCAAAGCAAAUUUCAGCAACUUAUCACCUGCAGAAGUGUUUGCCGAUAGCAGUCUUCAUUCUCCUCAUGGCUUAGCGGUUGACUGGGUCAAUAAACAUAUAUACUGGACCGACACAGGCCACAGCCAUAUCCGAGUGUUAACGAUGGAUGGGUCGGUGAGAAAGACGUUGAUACAAACUGAUCUUGAUCAACCGUAUGCUAUUGUCCUUGAUCCAGAAAAGGGAUACAUGUACUGGACUGACCAUGGGAGACAUCCAAAGAUUGAAAAGUGUGGAAUGAAUGGGCGAGGACGUAUGAUCAUCAUUGAUACAGAUAUAGUUUUCCCUAAGGGCCUUACUAUUGAUUAUGAUAACCAAAGAUUAUACUGGGUAGAUGCCAAACUGCAUCUAAUUGGCAGCUCCAAUUUGAAUGGCGGAGAUAGAAGAAUCAUUCUAAAGACCCUAAUCCACCUGGAUAGACCAGAUGCCAUAGUUGUCUUUGAAGUAAGUCUCAGACUAAACAAAACAGUCAGGGCACAGGUCAGGUUGUCCAAAUAA